AGUAUUAAUAAUCAAUCAAACCCACCGGACAACAGAGAAACAGAUGGAAGAAAAAUGGUUAGGCAGGAAGGAAAAUGGUUAGGCAGCUGAGCUUCAUAGGAACCCUUUUCCACACUCGCAGAUAAAGAAGAAGGGGUGGAAGUGAGAAAUGGAUGGGAUGGGUGAGAGAGAGCAGCAAGUUUACAUGGCAAAGCUAGCAGAACAAGCAGAGAGAUAUGAUGAAAUGGUCGAAGCAAUGAAGAAAGUGGCUAGAUUAGAUGUGGAGCUGACAGUAGAGGAACGAAAUCUGCUCUCCGUUGCGUAUAAGAAUGUUGUUGGAGCUAAGAGAGCCUCGUGGAGGAUUCUCUCUUCUAUAGAUCAACAUGAAGAAGCUAAGGGAAAUGUGCAUAAUGUUAACAGGAUAAAGGGCUACAUAAAAAGGGUAGAGGAUGAACUAACGAAGGUCUGCAAUGAGAUUUUGUCGAUCAUAGCCAUUCAUCUCCUCCCUUCUUCCACCGCCAGUGAAUCCAUUGUCUUCUUUUAUAAGAUGAAGGGGGAUUAUUAUCGAUACAUGGCAGAGUUCAAGACUAAGAAUGAAAGAAGAGAAGCUGCUGAUCAGUCACUGAAAGCCUACCAGGCAGCUACCAGUACAGCAAUGAUGGAUCUGCCCCCAACACAUUCAAUAAGGCUUGGUCUUGCACUGAACUUCUCUGUUUUCUAUUAUGAGAUAAUGAAUUUACCUGAAAGGGCUUGUCAUUUGGCUAAGCAAGCAUUUGAUGAUGCUAUCACUGAGCUUAGUACUCACAGCACUGAUUCAUUCAAAGACAGCACACUAAUUAUGCAGCUUCUGAAGGAUAAUCUCACACUUUGGACAUCAGAUUUGCCAGAGGAAACUGGUGAACAACAAUCUAAGGCCACCGACAUGAUCAUGGACAGUUGAACGGACAUGAUCGAGCAGGUGAUGAGCUCGCGGUCGCGGUGAUUAUGUCAACCA